UUCGUCUGAUAUCCUCGCACAUCACCGAAACUCAUCAUGUCUGGACGCGGAAAGGGAGGCAAGGUGAAGGGAAAGGCAAAGACCCGUUCCAGCCGUGCGGGACUCCAGUUCCCCGUGGGCCGCAUCCACCGUCUUCUCCGCAAGGGCAACUACGCUGAGCGCGUCGGUGCCGGAGCCCCCGUCUACCUGGCCGCCGUCAUGGAGUACUUGGCCGCUGAGGUGCUCGAGUUGGCCGGCAACGCCGCCCGCGACAACAAGAAGACCCGUAUCAUCCCCCGUCACUUGCAGUUGGCCAUCCGCAACGACGAGGAGCUGAACAAGCUGCUGUCCGGCGUGACCAUCGCCCAGGGAGGUGUCCUGCCCAACAUCCAGGCCGUGCUCCUGCCCAAGAAGACCGACAAGAAGGCCUAAGUCAACACCGCUCAGGCAGACGGCAAAAUCGGCCCUUUUAAGGGCCACCCAAUUUUAUCAAGCUAAAGCUUAA